CGCUGUGUCCUACGGACACAGCUGAUCACGUGAUGUGGUAAAAGGCCAAUCACAGCGGCCUUUACCACGUGAUCAGCGGUGUCCAAUGACACGCUGAUCACAGGGAAAUGCAAUUGCCGGGCACUGAUGAUCAGUGCCCUGAUGAUCGGUGCCCAGCAGUGCCACCCACAAGUUCUGCCCACCUGUGCCCAGCAGUGCGCCCACUAGCUCCGCCCACCUGUGCCCAGCAGAUCACCCACCUGUGCCCAGCAGUGCACCCAUCUGUGCCCAGCAAUGCACCCACCUGUGCC